UUGAAAGAUACCGUAGUUUAGAUAAAAUUUGGUAUGCUAAUUAUGACCUAUCGAUGGUCCUUUUCCGUAGAGCUCUGCCAAAGCAGCAAAGAUGUUGAUGCCAAAGGUGAACCGUGUUGCCAUCUACGAGAACCUCUUCAAGGAGGGCGUGAUUGUGGCUAAGAAAGAUUUCUACAGCCCCAAGCAUCCCGAGCUGGAGUCUGUACCAAACCUUCAUGUCAUCAAGGCUUGUCAGUCUCUGAAGUCGCGUGGCUACGUCAAGGAGCAGUUCGCCUGGCGUCACUACUACUGGUACCUCACCAACGAGGGCAUCCAGUACCUCAGGGACUACCUUCAUCUCCCACCAGAAAUCGUUCCUGCCACCCUCAAGCGCCAGCCCCGUACCGAGACCGCCAGGCCCAAGCCUCGAGUCAUCGAGGGCCGUGGUACCGAGAGGGGAGGACCCCCAUCCGAUGGGCAGAGGCAGGAGUACCGACGUGGACCAGGAGGACCAGACAAGAAGGGUGAUGCUGGAGCCGGAGCUACCCAAGACUUCCAAUUCAAAGGAGGCUUUGGACGAGGCAGGUCACAGCCGCCACAGUAAGGAAGCUGCAGGGGGAUAGACAAUGAUCAAUAAAGCGAUGUGUAAAUUAAUGUGACCGCA